AAAUGAGCACAUCGAACCAAUCAGACUCUGAGAAUGAAAAUAAUAAUCAGAGCAUACAACCAUCAUCAUCAACAGAUGUUGCUCAACCUUCCUCCUCAUCAGAUGCCUCGACAAUAGAUUAUUUUAAACCUGUUGGUGUUAAUGAAGAGGGUAAACCAAUGUAUGAUAGAACAGGCAUUACUUUACACGGAAUGAAAAAACAUGAGAAGGAUGGAAAACAACUUUGUGGUUUUGGUGGAAAUGUUUGUACACAAAGACCAAUGAAGACUUUUGAUUUUUGUGUAAAACACAUUCUUCAAGAUCCGACAGCUCCUUUUAAAAGAUGUGAAUAUGUUGCCAAGGGAAAACAUUGUGGAAAUCCUGUAAAAUUAGAUGUUGGAGAAGAUAUCAGAUAUUGCAACAUUCAUAAACAAAAGAUGGGCAUUACUCCAAAGACAAAGAAGAAGAAAUCGGAAGAGAAAACACCAUCCAAGAGAGGAAGAAAAAAGGAAAAGAAGGAAGAAAGUGAAACAACACCAGAAAGUAAAGAAGUUAAAGAAGAAAAAUCAACACCAGAUGUUCCUCCACCUUCAUCUUCUGUAGAAACAACUACAAUACCAACAACAACAACAUCAUCAACAAUAACUAGCACCACAAUACCAACACCUUUAAUUUCUACUCUUUCAACUUCUGUUGAGCCAAUACUACCAUAUCCAAUCAAUUGUGUAAACAAUAAUAAUGAAGAUACUGACUCUGAUGAUUAUACAGGAGUAAAUAAGCCAAUCGACACAAGAAAGGAACAAAAACCACCUAAGAAAUCUCCUCCACAAAAAAGAAAGAGAAAAUUCAAUAAGAAACCACAACAAACUGUACUUUUUUCAGGAUCUGACACAGAAUCCGAUGUACCAACAGAUGAUGAUGAAUGCAUGGAGGAAACAUACUUGUAUCCUCCUUAUUCUGCUCAAGAAAAUGGUUCUCAAUGUUUAACAGAAAUGGAAUUUUUGAGGAUUAGAAAACAUCAUAUUGAAUCUUUGUUAAAAUUGUAUCGAGGAAGGCAUAAGAAGAUGAGGAACGAAUUGGAACGAAAGUAUACAGAAUUUUUAAUCCAAAGAGAGAUGGCAGCUAAUAUUAUUCUCAAUGAACAAACAACUAUCAAUUCUGAUAUCAAGAUACGUCUUAAGAAGGUCAACUAUAACAAUUAUUAUAACCCUAAGAAUAGAAUGAACGAUACAGACUCUGUUGUUUUACCUACUGUCAAUUUCCCACCUGAAAAUCAACAAGUUUAUCAUUGUUCCAAAGUUGAAAAGUAUCAUGAAUCUACUAAGGAGCCAUUAUGUUGUCAUCCAAAUUGUUUCAGUAAGAGAUUACUUGGAGUAGAGUUUUGUUUACAACAUAUAAUCUAUGAUGAAAAACAAAGACUUUAUGUACCAUCAACAGGAUCCACACCACUUUAUGCUUCAAGCUCUGAUGUAAAUACUAAAAUACCUAAGGAAGCAACACUUGGUGAAAGAACUGUAGUUGUAAUUGAAAAUGCAAACAAAUUAACUUUACCAAAAUGGCAAAUUAAUUCAGAACAAGAUAAGCAUGUUCAAAAUCUUCUCAAAAAACUCAAAGGAGAAGAUGAUCCAAUGCAAAUUGACAAUGUUCCAAUUUCUGAAGAUCUUUCCAAAUAA